GAAAGCAACACGAAGAAGAACUUGUGACGAUAGUGAAAUGGCUGCGCCCAUGGAGAAUGGGCGACACUUUGGUCAAUGGAUAGGCAUUUUGUUAUUUUUGGGGGGUUUCAUACCCUCUGCCACGGCGCUUAUCGAGGGACUUUAUUGUGGCACCGAGAUUUGCUACGAUGUACUCGGAGUACCGAGAGAAGCGGUCAAAUCCGACAUAGGUCGUGCAUACAGACAGCUAGCCAGAAAGUAUCACCCUGAUAGAUUCUCAAGUCUUGCAGGCGAGACACGUGAAAGUGCUCAUCAACAUUUUUUGCUCAUUGUAACUGCAUAUGAAACUCUGAAGGAUGAGGACUCCCGUAGAGACUAUGACUAUAUGCUGGACCACCCUGAAGAGUACUACAGCCACUACUACACCUACUACAGGAGACGCCUGGCACCUAAAGUGGACGUACGGAUUGUCAUUCUGGUGACCGUGGUUACUAUAUCAAUCUUUCAGUACUACAGUUGGUGGGCCAGCUACACUGAAGCCAUCACCUACCUAUCAACGGUCCCCAAGUACCGUAUCCAGGCGACAGAGAUAGCCAAGCAGCUGGGUCUCCUGAACAAGACAAAAGAGAAGGGCAAGAACCGACGGUCCAAAGAUGAGAUCCGGGAACAGGAGGAAGAAAUCAUCCGUGACAUCAUCAAGAACAAGAUCGACAUCAAGGGAGGCUACCAGAAGCCUAAAAUCUUGGACAUCCUGCUCUGUAAGAUUGUCCUGUUCCCUUACUGCCUGUGUGCCUAUGUGGUCUGGUACUGUAAGUGGAUCUACAGGUUCACCAUCUGCAGAGAGGAGUACGGAGACGAGGAGAAGCUGUACGUCAUCAGGAAGAACAUGAAGAUGUCUCAGUCUCAGUUUGACAGUCUGGAGGAGGAGCAGAGGGACACCUUACUGGAGAGGCAGCUCUGGAUCAAAGACAACUAUGAGGGUCCUUAG